AUGAAUUCUGGGCGAUGCGCAGCAUGCAAGCAUUUGAGGAGGAGAUGCCCUUCAGACUGCGUUUUUUCUCCUUACUUCCCUGCCAAUAAUCCUCGAAGAUUUGCUUAUGUUCACAAAAUCUAUGGGGCUAGCAAUGUUGGAAAGAUACUCAAGGAUUUGCCGGUGAACCGUCAAGCCGAAGCAGCUGAUUCUUUGUACUACGAGGCUUAUUGCAGAAUAAAGGAUCCCGUCUAUGGUUGUGUUGGGUUGAUUACUAUUUUGCAUCAACAGAUAUAUAAUGCACAAUGCCAACUAGCUCGAAUUCAAGCGGAGAUUGCUGCUCUUGGUACUCAAUCACAGAGUGAAGUCCAGCAGUAUCAACAAGUUGAAAAUGUCGGUCCCAGUUUUUUGCCAGACCAAAAUGGUGUUCCCAAUUCUACCUCAUAUUAUGAUCUUUCCACUUGGUUUGAUUAG